CCCGCUCCUCCAUUCCCUACACUAUGCCCUUCCAGCCACAUUGCAAUGAACAGUGACCUCCCUUUCCGAUGCCUCCCGUAUCCUCCUCCGCGAGUGCUCCUGCCCCCUUGAAUGCUUCUCCGCAGCCCAACCUACCCAAACGCGGUCCAACACUACCAUCUCCUCUCCAAUCUCCAUCUUUUCACCAUUAUUUUUGCUGCAACUGUUGAUAUACUAACAUCCGAAGUCCCCUAUCCUUGGAUCACCCAGGGCAUUGCCGCCUACUGCCUCCUCUCCCCAUCCUUUCAUCUCCUCUCAACUUGCCCUUCUUCUCGUACUCUCACCCUUCGUGGCCUUUGUCGUUGUCCACCACCCUAACACCCAAACGAGUCGGCGAUUGGCCUCUUCCAAGUGGACCAGGUUCAUGUACGGUGCAUAACUGACAACUCUCAUUUUAUCUUGAAUUGUUUAAAUGGACGUUGGGGUUUAAUGUGGCGAGACUGGGCAUGGUGCAUCCAAUAAUUAGAGAUCCGAACGACGAUCCUCUGGUUUUAGCCCCGUAGGAGGGUUUAAUUGAACUUGGCUCCUACGAUCCCCAUGGUCCUCCUCUCGCGUUCCUCUUUCUAUUUCCCUCCCGACGAUAUGCUACUCCGUCACCGCCUCUUAAGCCUCCACUCCUUUGCGACAUCCUUCGCCGCUUCUCCUCCCGCGCCUCGCCCCUCCACCGCCUCCUUCCGCCGUUCUCUCUCCCUCUCCGCCCGGCUGAAACCCGCCAACUCCCCCCCUCCCAAACGCUCCGCCGCCGCCCGGCCGCCCGCGGCGGAUGAGCUCGUUCGGACGGCCCUCUUUGUCCCGCCGGGCGUCCCCCGGGAGGAGGUCACCCCCGACAUGUUGCUUUCGGGGUCAAACAUCGUGUUGGGUCCCUACGCCGGCCAUGCGCAGAUCAAACAGGUGGAGUUCGUAAAGAGCAGCGCGCGGGCGCGUGACUGCCCCAAGGACGACCGCCCUGAGUUCGCGAUACUUGGCCGCUCCAAUGUCGGAAAGUCGUCCCUCAUCAAUGCUCUCGUCCGCAAGAAGGAGUUCGCCCUCACUUCCAAGAAACCAGGCAAAACCCAACUUAUCAAUCACUUUUUGAUCAACAAGAGUUGGUACAUUGUCGAUUUGCCUGGUUACGGGUUUGCAAAUGCUUCUCAAUCUGCUCGAACAGAUUGGUCAUCAUUUACUAAGGGUUACUUCUUAAACCGGGAUACCUUGGUUGCUGUCAUGCUGCUCAUUGAUGCCAGUAUUCCACCUCAGCAAAUUGACCUGGACUGUGCUAAUUGGCUUGGCCGUAACAACAUUGGAAUGACUUUUGUUUUCACCAAGUGCGACAAAAUGAAGGGUGGUAAAGGAACCCGGCCUGAAGAGAAUAUCAAGCAGUUCCAGGAUUUGAUUAGUAAGUACUACAAAGAACCUCCGCCAUGGAUCAUGACCAGCAGCAUCACAGGAUUAGGCCGAGAUGAACUACUUCUCCAUAUGUCACAGUUGAGGAACUACUGGGAUAAUAAUGAGCUAGAUUAAAGUGAUGCUUAAUGCUGCUGGAGUUGCAUCUCUAACCAGAUCACUUUGUAUAUGAAGUUGUGGAUGUGAAAUAUAAUUAAACCCACUGGUAUAGAGUAUUGAGGAAACUUAGAAUCAAUCACUUUCUUCCUACUUAAUUUGUUGAUGCAUCUUAAAGCUAAAUGUUGUUCUUCAAAUGACAUCAAUAAAUCCAGUUAUUUUAGUA